CGCACAAUGAAUACUCUAAACGCUUUUGAAAUUUCCGCUCCCGGAAAAGUUAUUCUUCAUGGAGAGCAUUCGGUAGUGUACGGAAAACCUGCCAUCGCUGGUCCCAUUGGACUGAGGACAUAUCUUACUUAUAAGAAACUAGACAAUCCUGAAAUCAUACUCGACUUUGCCUCGAUCCCCUUCAGCUCGAAGCUGUCUCUCGAAUCGUUCAACCAGUUCCUCCAACAGCACAACUGCCACUCGGAACUGCAACCGCUCGAAUUCCUCUCGAAACUGCGCACCUCGGAAGAGUUUCCAUUCGCUCGAUACGUGUCCCCACAGCCCGCACCAGACUCAACCAAGCAACGAUACUCGCUGGGCGUAGCUCUCUACCUGAUCAAUCGGAUCUUCCGUUGCGAAGGAAUCGAGUCGCUUCCGGAUGGGAGCGGAUUCCAGCUCACGAUCCAAUCGGUGAUGAGCAUUGGCGCCGGGUUGGGUAGCUCCGCUGGGUAUGGCGUUUGCGUUUCGGCAGGAGCUUACAUCGUUACAAAAAUGGCCAAAGGCGAGUUGACCGCGGCCAACGCUUCGACCUAUUCGCUCCAAGGCGAUGAUCCUGAGGUGUUGAAGAAGAUUUCCCAGUGGGCGUUCGACUCGGAAGUGGUCAUGCACGAAAGGCCGUCGGGGAUCGAUAACACCAUAUGUACCUAUGGCAAUCUGAUCAAGUUCCGGAAAGGGGAGCCAUUCGAGAGUUUAAAGCUUCGUCAACAGAUUAACAUACUGAUUGUGGACACAAAGGUCAGUCGAACCACUUCCAAACUGGUUGCUAAUGUGGCGGAACUGAAAGACAGACAUCCCAAAAUGAUGGGAUCGAUUCUGGACGCGAUGGGACAUCUGGUGGAUGACGUGGUAGAAUUGUUGGAAGAUGAUCGAGAUCAGUUUGAGGCGCUCCGAACACUGGUGGCAGUUAACAAUAAUCUCCUUCGCGCUAUUGGUGUUAGUCAUCCGUCAUUGGAGAAGGUGUUCCAGCUGGCUGAGUCCAGUGGUUUCGAUGCCAAGCUAACUGGAGCUGGUGGCGGUGGAUGUGCUUUGGUGUUUCUGCCGAAGGACUAUGAAAACCGGAAAGAGUUCGGGCAGUUGAAGGAGAAAUUGACGGCAGCCGGAUUCAGCUGGAUGGUCACGAAUAUCGGAGGCAGAGGCGUUGAGUUCAAGGCGACCGAAUGACGAACAACAGGUAAGCGGAAACUGUCUGAUAACUGUUGUCUGAGCGCACUUAAGUAAUUUUGGUGUUAGAAGAUCUGGUGGCGGGGCUGUGUAAUAGUAUUCUUUUUCGUAGUUCAAAAUGAGUAUGGCAAAAUCAUAUGUUCAAAAGGUAUUGGAAAAAAUGUAAGGACUUAAAAUCUUUUCAUAUUUAAAAUCUAGACGCAUUAGACUCAAUACCUUAGUAUUAUCAGUUGCAUAAAUUGGGCUUAGGAAGGAUAGGUUUUGAAGAAAUCGAGCAGCCUUAAUCUAUACAAUAGGUCCAAAUCAGUGCAAACUUGUCAUACCUACUUCUUCAAUUUCUGCUUAGGAAAUUACUACUUUAUAAAAUGAAAUCGUUGAUUCAAA